UUAAAAAUGUCGGCUAUGAUUCAACCUCUAAAUCCAAAGCCAUUUUUGAAUGCAUUGGCUGGUAAACCAAUUAUAUGCAAAUUAAAAUGGGGAAUGGAAUAUCGAGGAAUUUUGGUCUCUGUAGAUGGCUACAUGAAUUUACAUUUGGCCAAUUCUGAAGAGUACAUUGACGGGACUAAUACUGGGGCACUUGGCGAAAUUUUGAUUAGAUGCAAUAAUAUUCUUUGGGUGUCUGCUGCAGAUGAAGCCGAAGCCUGA